AAAUCCAAGAAGAAGAAGGAGGAGGAGGAGACGAAGAAGAAGAUUAUAAGAGCGACGUGCUGCGGUUGUGUUUUAGGUCUAACUUGUUGUUUGUUUGGCUGUUUGUGGCUCUCUCUGUCCUCAGCAGGACGCCAUGCGCAGUGUUUGACCCUCGGUGUCCUCCAGCAUGUUGUCUCCUGCCCUCGGCUUCAUGCGGGCUGCUGUCAGGCUGCUGCCGCGGCGGACCCGGACUGGAGGUUGCAUUUGGUGCAGACAUAUUUCGGUGAAACCAGGAGGAUUGAAACCAAAGACUGUCCCACCUCGGUACCUUGGCCAGCCCAGCCCUUUCACUCAUCCUCACCUCAUCAAACAUGGUGAGGUGACCCCGGGCAUAACACAGACUGAGUAUGAGCUCCGCAGGCAAAAGCUGGCCCUGCUCAUUGAGGCCCAUGCAGACAAGCUAGGAGCCUCAGCCUCCUCUGGGAACCACGUGGUCAUUGUUUUAUCCCAUCCCGUACGCUACAUGACCAACGACAUCCCAUAUCCCUUCCACCAGAACCAGGAUUUCCUCUACCUCACAGGCUUCCUAGAGCCUGACAGUGCCUUGGUUCUGUAUGGGAGGGCUCGACCGGACCAGGCCAUCUUGUUUGUGCCCCGCAGAGAUCCAGGAAGGGAACUGUGGGACGGUCCCCGGGCAGGAAAAGACGGGGCUGCUGCUUUGACGGGCAUAGAAAGAGUUCACAGCAUAGAAGAACUGGGCCUUGUUUUAAAGAGCCUUAAAGGAAAUCAGCUUUGGUAUGACACCUCUGAGCCUGCUCACUCUCGGCUGCACCAAGUUCAUGUUCUGCCCAUGCUGGAAGCAGGACCCAUCCCGCGUUCAAUUGGGCCCCUCAUACACUCCCUCCGGGCCAUUAAAAGUAAUGCAGAGGUAUCGCUAAUGCAAGAGGCAGGCCGGAUCACAGCUCAGGCAUUUAAGAGGACAAUGGCUUUGUCGCAAGGAGAUGUCGAUGAGUCUGUCUUGUUUGCUAAGUUUGAUUUCGAGAAUCGGAUCCACGGUGCCAAUUUCCUGGCCUAUCCCCCUGUGGUUGCCGGAGGGAAUCGAGCAAACACUCUGCAUUACAUUAACAACAACCAGAUCAUCAAGGAUGGUGAAAUGGUUCUUCUUGAUGGGGGUUGUGAGUACUUUGGUUACGUCAGUGACAUCACUCGAACAUGGCCAGUCAAUGGAAGAUUCAGUGCGGCCCAGGCUGAGUUGUACGAGGCUGUUCUGGAGGUGCAGCGCUCCUGUUUGUCCCUCUGUUCCCCUGGUGUCAGCCUCGACCACAUCUACAGCACCAUGCUGGCGUUGUUGGGACGCCAGCUGAAGCGCCUCGGCAUCCUAGAAGCUGGCACCAGCGAUGCUGAUGUACUAAAGGCUGCAAGGAGGUACUGCCCCCACCACGUUGGCCAUUACCUAGGCAUGGACGUCCACGACACCCCCGAGUUAUCCCGCUCACAGCCUCUCCAGCCUGGCAUGGUCAUCACGAUAGAACCAGGGUUAUACAUCUGCGAAGACAACGACCAGGCCCCAGAGCAUUUCCGUGGCCUCGGUGUCCGGAUCGAGGAUGACGUAGCGAUCCGGGAAAUGGGAGGACCUCUGAUUUUGUCCUGCGGUGCUCCAAAGACUAUAGCUGAUGUAGAGAAGGCUUGCAGCUCGGGGUAGUGCAGGGAGAGAAGGAGGAGCUACAGCAAAUGGUGAAAAACUCAGGUUCAAGGAACAUGCCAGCUCAAGCCUCUCUGAUGGCAUUAACUUCAGUGUUAUCAAGGUUGCAAAUGUUCAGAAAUGAAAUGUUAAAAGAGGAUUAACUAUGCUGCCCAUUUUUAACCUUUAAUAUAUUGGUAAAAUGUGCCUUCAAUGAAAAUGGAGGCCUGAAGUCCUCGGAGAAGAUCAGCUGAUUAGAUGUGAACAGAUUUUGUUUUAGCUUUAAAAUCUACGUUAUGGCAGCAAGGAGGACAAUCCUAAACCAGCGCUGAACUUUUACAUUUUAUUUAUUGUCUUUGCUUCCAUAAAUUAUCCCAUACAUAACAGCAUUUCAGAAGGAAAAGCAUAAAUUAUUUUUUUCUCCUUUUUACUGCUGUUAAAAAAAUUAAAGUUACAGUUAAUAUCAGCAUUACACCACUGCAUCGAACAAAUCAACUCCUUUCUCUGAUAUUGUAACUUUCUUGAUGUGGGAUCUGUUAUACUGACAGUUUGACUGAGUUGGUGUGAAUGUGUGCUUUUCAUUGCCGUAAAAAUAAAAACAUUUUGUAUUCUCGAUUUAGA